AUGCUGUGCCAACACGUGUGCCAGUUCGGGCAGAAGCUGGUUCGCAGGAGGCCCCUGGAGCUGAAGGAGGGCCCUGCCAGCGGCCUGGCCCGUUGUCUCAGCGCCCUGGAUCUGGUGGCCUUCGGAGUGGGCAGCACCCUGGGCGCAGGCGUGUACAUCCUGGCUGGGGAGGUGGCCAGGGACAAGGCUGGCCCGGCGAUUGUCCUCUGCUUCUUGGUGGCUGCCGUGACUUCCGUGCUGUCUGGGCUCUGCUAUGCGGAGUUCGGGGCCCGGGUGCCAUGCUCCGGGUCCGCGUAUCUCUACAGCUACGUCACGGUGGGACAACUGUGCGCCUUCAUCAGCGGAUGGACGCUCAUACUGUCCUAUGUCAUAGGGAGUGCCAGUGUGGCCAGGGCCUGGAGCUCGGCCGUCGACAGCCUGACUGGGAACCGCGUCUCCCAGGCGCUGCGGGGCAGUGUGCCUCUCCACGCGCCCCACCUGGCCAGCUACCUAGACUUCUUCUCGCUGGGCCUGGUGCUGCUGCUCACCGGCCUCCUGGUUCUGGGAGCCAGGGAGUCCGCCCUGGUUUCCAAGAUGUUCACGGGCCUGAGCCUCCUGGUGCUCAGCUUCGUCGGCCUCUCGGGCUUCCUUAAGGGAGACCUGCGCCACUGGCGGCUCACGGAGCAGGACUACGAGCUGGCCAAGCUGGCGUCCAACGGCACCUCCAGCCUGGGCGCCCUGGGCUCCGGGGGGUUCGUGCCUUUCGGCCUUGAUGGGAUCCUCCGAGGAGCAGCGACGUGCUUCUAUGCAUUCGUGGGCUUUGACUGCAUCGCCACCGCGGGGGAGGAAGCCCGCCACCCCCAGCGAGCCAUUCCCCUGGGCAUCGUGCUCUCGCUCUUCGUCUGCUUCCUGGCGUAUUGUGGCGUCUCGGCGGCCCUCACCCUCAUGGUGCCCUACUACCAGAUCCACCCCGGCAGCCCCCUGCCCCAGGCCUUCCUGCAUGUUGGAUGGGCCCCUGCCAGAUACGUCGUGGCUGCCGGGACCCUCUGUGCUCUGUCGUCCAGCCUCGUGGGCUCCAUGUUCCCCAUGCCUCGGGUGAUCCUGGCCAUGGCAGAGGACGGGCUUCUUUUCCGGGGACUUGCCAGGAUCCACCCCCGAACACGCACCCCCGUCACAGCCACCCUAGUGUCUGGGACUAUCGCAGCACUGAUGGCCUUCCUCUUCGAGCUCGAAGAUCUGGUGGAUCUCAUGUCCAUUGGGACCCUGCUUGCGUACUCCCUGGUGGCCUUUUCUGUGCUUGUCCUCAGGUACCAGCCAGACGAGAGGUCGAGCAAGAGCAAGCGAGCGGAGGUGGAGAUAACCGAGGCAAAGCUUGAGCUCGAAGCAGGGCCUCCGGAGGCCGUACCGGCAGCGGGGAUCGCGAGGACCCUGAGGAGCCUGCUUAACCCCGGGAGCACCGUCCCCACCCGGCAGUCCGGCCGCGCCGUCUACGGCUGCGCCCUGCUGCUAGCUCUUCUGCUGACCGCCCUGAGCCUGAUAGUGGCCCAGUGGCCCAGCCGUCUGGUCUCUGGAGACCCAGUGCACACAACUGUGACUGGGCUGCUGCUUCUGCUAAUUUUGGGGAUCACAGUCAUCAUUUGGAGACAGCCCCAGAGCCCAACUCCUCUUCACUUCAAGGUCCCUGCGUUGCCUGUCCUCCCACUGAUCAGCAUCUUUGUGAAUAUCUACUUGAUGAUGCAGAUGACCUCUAUGACCUGGGCCCAGUUUGCCAUCUGGAUGGUGAUUGGCUUUGCCAUAUACUUCGGAUAUGGGAUCCGACACAGCUUGGAGAACACCAGUGAUCAACAGCCACCAGCCUCAAGCUCUCAGACUCUUGACAAGAACACCUCUAGUGCGAAUUAGUGUAACCACAGGAAACAGAUGCUGCGUGGGCUCCUGUACGCUGCACAUAUCUUCUGGUUCAAUGGAGACUGUGAGCCUCUAUGAAGUGCGAAGGUGGGCUGCAUUUAGAGCCCUGGCUCUACUGCCAGGACAUGCCUUUAAUGUGGUAUAAUUUUAAUGUAAACCUUUAAAAGUAUGAUAUACGUAACAGAAAAGUGCAUGCUUUUUACGUGUGUGGGAAGAUGAAUUUUCACAAAGAAACGACAGGUGACCAGCCAGCAAUCAGAAGAGGAGAUAAAAUACUAUUUGCACAUAGAAGAGCCCUCUUGUGCCUAUUUCCAGGGAAGACAGAUUGCCAUACGGGCAGAAAAGACAUGUUUCAACUAUAAAUUGUGUCAAGAGUCGCACUUUACGUUUUUAGAUUUUUAAUUAGAAAAGAUUUUCAUGCCAGGCC